AUGGCAGAGGCUGGUAUUUCAGUAGAUCAGUUCAGUUGUCCAGUGUGUCUGGAUUUCCUGAAGGAUCCUGUAACUAUUCACUGUGAACACAGUUUCUGUAAGGUGUGUAUUAAUGGCUGCUGGAAUCAGGAGGAUGUGAAGGGCAUCUACAGCUGCCCCCAGUGCAGAAUGACUUUCACUCCAAGGCCUGUUCUGUGCAGGAACAACAUGCUGGCUGAAGUGGUGGAGAAACUGAAGAAGACUGAACUCCAAGCUGCUUCUCCUGCUCACUGUUACGCUGGACCUGGAGAUGUGGAGUGUGAUUCCUGCACUGGGAGAAAAUACAAAGCCGUCAAGUCCUGUCUGAUGUGUCAGGCCUCCUAUUGUGAAGCUCAUCUUAAACCUCACUAUCGGUUUCCUGCCUUGAAGAAGCACAAGUUAGUUGAAGCCUGUGCAGAGCUCCAAGACAAGAUCUGCUCUGAACACGACAAACUGAAUGAGAUCUUCUGUCGUACUGAUCAAAGCUUCAUCUGUUAUUUAUGUAUGAUGGAUCAGCACAGAGGCCAUGAUACUGUUGCAGCUAAAUCAGAAACAAAUGAAAAACAGAAUGAGCUAAAGGAGGAGCAGAUGAAAUCCCAGCAGAGGAUCCAGGAGAAGCAGAAGGAGGUGCAGGAGCUGAAACAGACUGUGGAUACUAUUAAGAUGCGUUAUCAGUCAGCAGUAGAUGACAGUGAGAGGAUCUUUACUCAGAUGAUCAGCUCCAUGGAGAAAAAGCGCUCGGAGAUGACGGAGCUGAUCAGAGCUCAGGAGAAAGCUGAACUGAAUCAAGCGGAGCGACUCCUGAAGCAACUGGAGCAGGAGAUUGCUGAUCUUCAGAGGAGAGUCACUGAGCUGGAGCAGCUUUCACACACACACAAUCACAUCCACUUCCUCCAGAGUUUCCCGUCUCUCUGUGUUUCUCCUGGAUGUGACGACUCACCCAGCUUCACUGUCAAUCAACAUCUCUCAUUUGAUGGAGUGAGGAAAUCUCUCUCAGAUCUGAAAAAACGAUUACCCUCAAAACCAAAGAGCAGAGAAGAUUUCCUGCAGUAUUUCUGUUAUCUGACUCUGGAUCCAAACACAGCACAUCCUGACCUCAUUCUGUCUGAGAAGAACAGAGCGGUGACACGCAGUGAGACAGAACAGAGAUACUCUGAUCAUCCAGAGAGAUUUGGCUACUGGGAGCAGGUGUUGUGUAAGGAGAGUGUGUGUGGACGCUGUUACUGGGAGGUGGAGUGGAGGGGUGAUGGUGUGGACAUAUCAGUCUCAUAUAAAGAGAUCAGCAGGAACGGAUGGGGUUGUGAGUGUGUGUUUGGACGCAACAGUCAGUCCUGGAGUCUGCAGUGUUUUUCUUCCUCUGUCUCUUUCUGGCACAACAACAUUAAGACUGAUCUCCGAGGUGCAUCACCCUCCAGAAUAGGAGUGUAUGUGGAUCACAGUGCAGGAACUCUGUCCUUCUACAGCGUCUCUGACACGAUGAGGCUCCUCCACAGAGUCCACACCACAUUCACUCAGCCUCUAUACGCUGGGUUCUGGAUUGGUUCUGACUCAUCUGUGAGGUUUUGUGAUCCAAUGAAAAAAUGA